UCACAUUCCCCCCAGUUUCAUUUUUGUUUGUUGUGCUGCAAAUCCCCCAUUUCACAGAUGGAACCAGCUAGAAAGAGGAAGUCCUCACCUGUGUGGGAGUAUUUUGAGCAAACUGCUCAUAAUAAGGUUUGUUUGUGUGGAACCUCCCACUGGGAAGUUCUUGGAAUCUAGUGAUUAUUGUAUACUUGCCAUAGAGUGAACUAUCAGUCACAAUAUGUAUGAUUUUAUUAAAGGUGAGGUGCUUGGUGUGUGAUAGACAGCUCACAUACAGCAAUAAUACUUCCUCAAUGAUCCGCCAUUAUCGAGCCAUGCAUGAGCAUGCCCAGGCUGCCAACAGGCCAGAGACAAGCCAAAGUAACAGGAACUAUUUAUUGCAUAUUUACUAAAUCUGGUGUUUGACUCCAACUAUAAGGCAGCAUUAAAUGUUACAGAUUCCAGAAAAGCGCUGGUGGAUGAGGCUCUGGUCGGCAUGGUCAUUAAGGACUCUCAGCCUUUCUCAAUUGUGGAGGAUGCGGGAUUCAGGGAGCUUGUUCAUGCACUGGAUCCCAACUAUGUGCUCCCAAGCAGAAAGGCUCUGAAGUCAAUGGUGGAGGAUAGAUACCGGGAGGCCAAGGAGAAGGCCAAGGAGCAGGUCAGGAAGGCUGCAGCUGUCAGCCUCACGUCGGAUAUGUGGACAUCCAUUAACAUGGAUGCGUAUCUGGCGGUGACCUGUCACUACAUUAGUGAUGAGGACCAGCUCUGCACUUCCUUACUGGGAGUGCAACAUUUCCCGAAGGCCCAUACAGCUGAGAACCUGGCUGCAGGGCAUGCACAGCUGAUGGAGGAGUGGGGCAUAACGGAUAAAGUGAAAUGCCUGGUCACCGACGGAGCAGCUAACAUGAAUGCGUGUGUCAGACAGCUAAACAUCAGACACACCGUGUGCAUUGCACACACAAUUAAUUUACUUGUGCGCAAGUCAUUUGAUGAUGUGCCUGGGCUAAAUGACUUGCGCCAUAAAUGCAGAAGGUUGGUGACCCUCUUUCGAUCCAGUACAUCAGCUAAAGAAAGGCUUGUUCAGGUGCAGGAAGAAAUGGGGAGGCAGCCUUACAGAAUGAUAAUUGAAGUUGAGACAAGGUGGAACAGCACUUUCCAUAUGUUGGAAAGGUUGUAUGAGCUCAGAGAGCCAGUGGGAGCAGCCUUAGCCUCCCUAAAAACUGACGUUGCACCUCCAACAGCUUCAGAAUACGAAGCAAUAAAGGAUGUGCUGAAUGUUCUCGAGCCAUUCCAUCAGGCAACAGUUGAAGUCUCUAGCGAGAGGAGGGUGUCUGGAUCAAAAGUGAUCCCUCUCAUGAAAAUGCUGCAUCAUACAGUUUCCUGCAGACUCCCAACCCUGACCACUGCAAGGCAGCUGGGGGACAACCUCAUCCGGCGCCUUAAGGAACACAUCCACAACUUGGAAUCAGUCAGUGCUCUCACACUGCCAACCUUAUUGGAUCCGAGAUUUAAAAAACUUGGAUUUCUAACUCCUGGCAAAACACAAGAGGCAAUAAAUAGACUGAAAAAUGAGUGUGUCAAUAUGAUCAGGAGAGAGUCUCCCCCUCCCACCUGCAAGCCGUCCCCGUGGAUCCGCCAGCCAAUCAUGCUCCUGGACACAUCAGUCACCACCAGCAGGAGCAGCUCCAGCGCCACUGCCGAUGCAACGAUUGAGCUGGACCGCUACCUGGCAGAGGCAAAUAUUCUGAGGAUGAGGAUCCACUCGUAUACUGGAAAACCUGCAAGACGCAGUGUCCGCAUCUAUAUCGACUAG